AUGGGGGUUGUGGGGAGUGUGGUGAUGGUGGAGGGGCUAAGAAUGGUAUCAAAACUAGGGUAUGGCUGCAUGGGGCUUUCUGGAAUCUACAACUCUCCUGUCUCUGAAGAGGAUGGCAUUGCAAUAAUAAAGUACGCAUAUAGUAGGGGGAUCACAUUCUUUGAUACCUCUGAUAUUUACGGUGUUGUCCAUGCAAAUGAAAUAUUGGUGGGAAAGGCACUAAAGCAGCUGCCUUGGGAAAAGAUCGAAUUAGCAACAAAAUUUGGUAUUGCCAAAAUUGAACCUACCCAUGUUGUGGUGAAAGGCACCCCUGAAUAUGUUCGCUCCUGUUGCGAGGCAAGCCUGAAACACCUUGGUGUGGACUACAUUACACCGGAUUGA